AUGGCGAAUGCCCCUCCAUCAUCAAAAAGCCUCACCGCGGAUCAAUCGAGCCAGAGCGCAAAUACAACGCUGGAUAUAGCAGCAAUUCCAAAUGCAUCUGCCAACUGGACGCUGUCUCAGUCACAAGUCGCGUACGGCACGGGUUUACCUACAAGAGUGGCCAACACAACUCUCAUCGCUACUCCAUGGUUUCGGGAGGCCGCGCAAGGCUCUAUUGCGGUGUUGGUUACUAUCAUGGAGUAUCCUUUGGCUGAUAGUACGACGGAUUUGCAGCCCACGUCCAGUACAAGUGCCUCAACAAGCGCCUCAACAAGCGCCUCAACAAGCCCUCGGCCGUCUCCGUCUGGUAUCUCGUCAAAGACCCUCGCCGGGGCAUCUGUAGGAUGCCUUAUCGGUGGCCUUCUGAUUGGAGCGAUUGUGGCAUUCGCAUUCCUGCGUCGAAAGCAGCUUAAAGAUGGUAAAGAUGUCAAGAAAGCAAACCCUAUAUUGACAACAGAGUCAAAGGUUUACGGAGAUCCUGGAGCAGGUCAUUCGAGCAGUGACAUUCACCUGAACCAAUUCCUCCUAGAUGCGACACCUGACAAGGACAUUGCCGAAGAGUUCCAUUCUUUGAGCGAGCUUGUACACUCCCACGUCGAAAAUCACUAUCAUAUGCAACCACUGCACUCUUCGGUGUCUUCUCUGGUCCAGGGCCUGCGCGGCCUGGGUUUGUCUCAGACUUCUGGAUCAACGCUGGAGAAAGUGGCCGCCAUCUGUGCUAAUCCAGUCAGUCGACAAGUUGGGCUUCAGCACGUUGUUUCUGGAGUCAUUCUCAACAGUAUCGAAUUCAAUUCAGGAAGCCGGUUCCCUAUGCUUCCUGAACCAGUAACGAACUUUCUCCAGUCGAUUCCAGGUGACAGCCAGCACGAGAACUCCAAAGCCAAACUACUCGCAUUAUCGCAGUGGCGGAGAUUAUCAGCGUUUCUCAUACACCCGAGUCGCAAUCAACGAACCCCCCUCCCGCUGACCAACUCAGCGGCAGAUCAGCAGGCUGUUGAUCUUGCCGCUGCUCUUCAAAUGUUCCUUCAGCCUUUUCUUCAUUCAGAUCAGGCCAGGCAGCAGGAGCAAGCCGACCACCUCCAGGAAGUUAUUUUGGAGUGUGCAAGGUUUGGGUAUUUGGUCAUGUCUCAACCCAGCGACUGGCACUUCAUGUAUGGCCAGGGCCGAGGAAACCCGGGAUUGCGGAUGCUGGUCGUUUUCCCUGGUCUUGAUAAGUCAAGCGACAAGGAUGGGAAGUUGUACCGGUCUCCUCAUCAGGUUGUGGCGCCUGUGGUAACACAAGUUUGA